UUUCGAUGGCGCCGCGCGUUGGUCCAGAGAGCACCCCGUCUGCGCGGCGGGCGUCCAUCCUUGUCGCCGCGGACGCAGCCACCGACGAAGCCCCGCGCAGUGUUCGCCGCAGCACUCGUCUGCAGCAGCUGCAGCAGCAAAGCCACAGCCACAGCCAGGCCGGCGCUGGACAGCACGAGAGCGGCGAUGAAACGGUUUCAGUUUCAAACACGCCGGCGCGCGCCCGCGCUCCCCACUCGGCCGUGCGACCCAGCAGGACUACUGCCGCCGCCGCGCGCGAGGACACGCAGCUCCAGCUCCAGGUCCCUGCAUCGGUUGGCCGUGCCAGUCGCUCGGGCCUGAGUCUGCGCUCGGCCGCACACGACAACAGCAGCGCUGACCUCACGACGCCAACAAAGAAAUCGAGAUCUGCGCGUUCUGCGUCGACUACCGCGACUGCUGCGGCCGCUGCUUCUGCCGCUGCUGCUGAUAACGGUGCGUAUGCAGUCAACGAGGACGAGGCGCCAUCCACUGCGGCGUCGACGUCGUCCAGGUGGACUGCGUCGUCGAAAGGCCGCAGCGAGUCUCUGCGAUCCCGCGCGCUCGACCUGAGCUUCACGACCAACGCCAGCCAGCCCGACCUCGACUCGAGCGUUCUCAUGCACAGCGCGAUGGAGGAUGCCGACGAGGACGAGGGUGACGACGCCGAGAAUGCAAGCAUGACUGCCGCUCGCGCCCGACUCUCGCCAACGACGCGUUCGCCCCGAAGCCAGGCCACCGCCAAGUCUCCUCCGGCUGCUGCUGCUGCUGCUGCUACAGACAACCGCCGAAAGGGCUUGUCGCCCACUUCAUUUUCAUCGCCGUCGUCGUUGCGUUCGGGCUCACCCAAAGCCGCUGCUGGAUCGACGCCGAUCAAUUCGCAUUCGCAAUCCCCCGCAACUCCGUCCACGCUCACCCGCAUUGUGAAUGUGCUGACUUCACCCUUCCGCCGAUCGGCAGAAGGAGAUUCCAGCAAGUCUGCCGCUUCAUCCCCAGGCAAGCCGAGCCCGUUGCGCGGAGCACCUCUGGCCGAGGUGCACCGUCCUCAACGGUCGGCGGACGACGAUGUCUUGUUUGGUCUUGAUUCGUCCGACACUGAGGAUGAUGGCGGUUCCAAAUCCGACAAGAGUCGUGCCCGGGCACCAAACGUAGCAGCAGCAACAACAGCAGCAGCUGGCUCGACGACGACGACGUCGUUUGUUCGCCAGCUCCCCCGCAGCCUCGGAGACUUGCUGCGAUCGAUUGGUGUCUUGUUCUAUCUCUUCACCACCUCCAUCAUGCUAUUGAAUGUAUUCUUGCUUGCCAAGGGUGGCCAGGCUCUUCGUCGAAUCCGCGGUGGUGGCAAGCCUUCUGCUCGUUCCGCGGCUGCUGCGACGGCGACGCCCUCGCAGUCUCCGAGCCGGUCGCUCUCCUAUUCCCCUCAUUAUCGCGUCCGAGGCUCCAAUCUGGAUGAUCUCGAUGCGUCGUCCGACGAAGAGUUGCUCCACGACCAGCACCGCGGACAGUCUGCAAGCAUUCGCAGACAGCUUGGCGAGGUUGUUCCUGCGCUUGCUCGGCGCCUGUGGAAGGGCGCACUGGUGGCGUUGCUGAUCUUGUUGGUUCUGGCUCUCGCCCUCCGCAGGCUACCUGCUGGAGUGCAGCACGCUUCCAGCCCGUUGUUGGACCACCAGCAAGUCGACGAUCGCCUGAAAUUGGUGCAAGCGUCGGCGCACGACGGCAACCUCGCGUCUGGCAAGUCUGUCGAAGAAUUGGUUCAGCUUGUGCAGCUCCUGUCUGCCGAACUGACCAGCCUCGAGAAGAAGUUUCUCGCUGCGCAGAAAGAUGAUGAUCGUCGUCUUGAGCAGCUGUCUGCAGACGCCGCAGCAGCGGCUCAGAAGCUGACGCAGCAGGCGGCUCAAAAGCCCGCCCAGCCAGUCGUCGACGACUCUGCCAAAGGUGCCAAUCUCGCGUUGCAGGCGCAAGCCAAGGAACUUGAUACUUUGAAGGGUGAGAUGGAGCGUCUCAAGGCGGCUCUGGACAAGGAGUCGAACAACUACCAAACGGCCGAUAGCAAGCUGCAGGAAUCCAUUCGCAGCUGCGUUACUCUUGAUGUCCUGAGCGAGCAGAUUGCCCCACAGGUCAACUCUAUUGUCGAGCGCCGCUUGAGCGAAGCCACCCUGCCAAAGUCGACGGACAGCGACACGGUGGCGGUUCAGCAAGCUGCGAUCGACCCCGAAACCCUGCGCCAGCUCAUUCACGAGGAGGUUGCGGCACGUGCCCCGACGACUCUUUCGGAAGAAGAGCGCGAGAAAGAGUUGAGCAACCUUGUGACGCGCGUCAUUGCCAUCAUGGAGCCCCGCAAUCGCGAGGCUUUGGAUUUGGAAGUUUCCCGGCUCAACACGCGUGUCAGCACAUUGCAUUCUGAGGUCGUUCAAUUCCAGCAGCAGCAGCAAAAGCACCAGCAGCAACAGCAACAGCAACAGCAACAGGCCAGCGUGGACUCUGAAGACGUGCGCGCGCUCAUUCGUGAAGCCAUCGCGCUGUACGACGCCGACAAGAUUGGCGUUGUUGACUUUGCGCUCGCCUCUGCUGGCGGCUCCGUUGUCGAAUCGUGCACGUCCGCCUCCUUUAGCGUGCCCCGACUUGCUCUUUUCGGCAUGCCUGUCAUGAUGCAAAGCACGUCGCCCUUGCUGGCCUUGCAGAGGGACAAUUCAGUGGGCAACUGCUGGGCCAUGUCUGGCCAGUCUGGCCAGCUCACUGUUCGUCUUGCCCGCAGCAUUUCAAUCACUGGCUUCUCAGUAGAGCAUGUUGCCAAAUCAAUCUCCUUGAAUACGAUGAAGAGUGCCCCACGAGCCUUCCGCGUUGUUGCGCUCAAUGCCGCUUGCGACACUGAGGGUACUCUGCUUGGACAGUAUUCUUAUGAUAUUGACGGCACCCCAUUGCAACAAUUUGCUGUUCAGUCCAAACCUUCGCGGUCGUUCGAAUACGUUCGCCUUGAAAUUGCGAGCAACUAUGGCGAAGAAGACUAUACCUGCCUGUACCGAUUCCGCGUUCACGGUGUCGCAUAGAAGGCGUUUGCGCGUUUUCCUGAAGUUCCUGAGCUGAAAAGCAUUUCGUUUUUGUUGGAGAAAAAAACGAGUGUGUUGAAGAUGUCGUGAAGCUUGGUGUGAAGCUGCGUUGAUGAUGGUUGAUUGUAAUCGUAGUUGGUGUUUGUACCUACGUGAUAGUGUGUUGCCUUGUGUGUGUGUACGGAAGAAGUUUUCCAUGUUGGCACAACUUGCGUUCAUUGCGUUCC